AUGGUCAUGAUGUCUCCUUCAGCAGGUGUACCACCACGGCACACCCCACACACCAUGAACCUCGAGCUGCUCAGAGCUGCCGCCGCCGGCGACAAGGCGCUCCUAGAACAGGUCCUCGGUUUGAGAAGCACUACUGACAAUGGAGGCGAGUUGGAAGCCACGCAGCGAGGCAACCCGAGCUGCCUGAAAGGCGUCACCUCGGAGGGGAACACGGCGCUCCAUAUCGCCGCCGGCCGUGGCUACCUGGGGCACGCCCGAAUAAUGUGCGACCUUGACGCGUCGCUCGUCAGGGCCAGGAACAACCUGCGCAACACUCCUCUGAUCUGUGCCGCGAAGGCCGGGCAUGUCGACGUGGUGUGCUACCUCAUGGAGCAUGCCCUUGCCCCUGCGACGGUGGCAGCGGCGCCGGCGUGGUAUGCUGGCGCGUCUAGCGACGAGGAGUCCAUGCUACGGGCGAGGAACUCGGAGGGCGCGACCGCGAUGCACGAGGCCAUCAGGAACGGCCAUGAGGCGGUCCUGGCGAAGCUCAUGUCCGCGGACGGUGGGCUGGCCGCGGUGGUCGACGGGAAGGGCUUCUCCCCGUUGUACCUGGCGGCCGCGUUAGGCCGCGCCGACAUGGUCGACGUCCUGAUCGCAGGCUCUCCGCCUGAUGGGGUGAAAUCUCCGGCGUACUACGCCGGACCCGAUGGACAGACUGCCCUGCACGCUGCGGUCCUUGCCAGUGAAGGUAAGCUGCCAAUCUUUCUUGGGCAUUUCGUGCUAGCUUUUGAUUUGAUAUGGUUCCUGAUGAUGUGUUGCAUAUAUACAACUGGAACAUUUCAAGAAAUGAGCAAGUCGCUGUGGUGCUGGGAGCCGACGCUCGCGAAGAAGGUGGACAACUCUGGGAACACGGCCCUCCACCAUGCGGCGUCGGCUGGGAAGAUCGGAGCAGUGAAGCUUCUCCUGCUGGAGGACUCUUCGCUGGCGUACAUGCCGGACGUGGACGGACUCUUCCCCGUGCACACCGCCGCGAAGAUGGGCAAGGUCGACAUCAUCGAGCAGCUCAUGGAGACGUGCCCCAACAGCGACGAGCUGCUGGACAGCCGAGGGAGGAACGUCCUGCACUGCGCCAUCGAGCACAAGAAGGAGAAGGUGGUGCAGCACAUGUGCAAGAACCCGAGGUUGGGGAGGAUGAUGAACGCGCGGGACAGCAGGGGGAACACGCCGCUGCACCUGGCUGUGAAGCACGGCUGCGACAGGAUCGCCAUGCUGCUGGUGCGUGACGUGAAGGUGAACCUGAGCAUCAUGAACAACGACGGCGCGACGCCGCUGGACCUGGCCAUCAACGAGCUCGACCACGGCUACACGUACCCGAUGAACCCGGAGGUCCUGAUAGUGCAGUGCCUGGUGUGGUGCGGCGCGAACCGCAGCCCCCGCCGCCGGGACGAGUACCUGAACAAGCGCACCGGGGUUGGGGGCUCGCAGAAGGAGCUCAGCAAGUUCACCAACCUGACGCAGAACCGCGCCAUCGGGUCGGUUCUCAUCGAGACGGUGACGUUCGCGGCGCCCUUCACCAUGCCCGGGACUGCCGCUGACGCCGCGGAGAGGCCGGCGUUCUGGGCGUUCAUCCUGCCCGACGCGCUGGCGUUCCUGUGCUCCACGGUGGCGACGUGCCUGCUCAUGUACGCGGGGCUCACCACCGUGCACCCCAGGUACCGCAGCCGCUACCACGUCUGGUCCUCCAACCUGCUCCACGUUGGCGUCCUGCUCGUCAUCGCCACCUUCGCCUUCGGCGUGCACCUGGCGCUCAGCCCACCGGGGACCGGGAUCCCCGGUGGGAACCUGAACGCUGCCGCGUGCGCCAUGGCGUGCGUGUCCGUGGUCUUCGCGCACCCGGGCACCUGGUGGCCCACGGUGCUCGCCAAGCCAAUAUGGGCGCGGCUCGGGCUGAAGGGGCUCCUCGGCGUGCUGCUGGGCCCGCGCCCAAUCCCCUGCCAGAAGCUGCUACUCUCGCGCACGCCGUGGCUCAACCUCUUCAAGAUGCUGGCGACGCUACUCAUCCUCGCAUUGAUCCUCGUCACGUUUCUCUUGGACAUGUCCUACCUGCGGCCACCUGCUGCUCAGCACCGCUUCUCUUCAAAUCUUCUCCUGCAGUCUCAGCGCCAGUUCUGCUCGUACCCUACAUGA